GCGCAGGCAUUAGCGCCCCCCGGUGCGGGGCGCGGGCGGUCGGGCAUCCUCCGGCGCGGCGGCGGCGGGUGCUGGGAGCGCGGCGGGCGCGGAGCGGAGCGGCUCUCAGCGCCAGCCUUGCGCGCUCCGCCGCCCUUCUCUGCGCCGCCCCACCACGCCAUGAAGCCGGCGGUGCUGGAAGUAAUGAGGAUGAACCGGGUGUGCAGGAUGGUCCUGGUCACUUCCGUGGGCUCCUUCAUCCUCGUCAUCUUCUAUUUCCAAAGUAUGUUGCACCCAGUAAUGCGUAGAAAUCCAUUUGGGAUGGACAUUUGCUGCCGGAAAGGAUCCAGAAGCCCACUCCAGGAACUGUAUAAUCCCACCCAGUUGUCCAACACAGCAAUUCUUCAUCAGAUUAGACGAGACCAAGUGACAGACACGUGCCGAGCAAACAGCGUGUCUAGCAGGAAGCGCCGCGUGCUGACGCCCAAUGAUCUCAAACACCUGGUUGUGGAUGAGGAUCAUGAAAUGAUCUAUUGCUAUGUUCCCAAAGUGGCCUGCACAAACUGGAAGAGGGUCAUGAUGGUUUUGACGGGAAGAGGCAAGUACAGUGAUCCAAUGGAAAUCCCAGCCAAUGAAGCCCACGUGUCUUCAAACCUGAAGACCCUCAACCAGUAUAGCAUCCCAGAGAUCAACCACCGCUUGAAAAACUACAUGAAGUUCCUCUUUGUUCGUGAGCCUUUCGAGAGACUGGUGUCAGCCUACAGGAACAAGUUCACCCAGAAGUACAACACUUCCUUCCACAAGCGGUACGGCACCAAAAUCGUGAGGCGCCAGAGGAAAAACGCAACCCAGGAAGCUCUGCGUAAAGGUGACGACGUGAAAUUUGAAGAGUUUGUGGCAUAUCUCAUCGACCCUCACACCCAAAGAGAAGAGCCCUUCAAUGAGCACUGGCAGACUGUGUACUCCCUCUGCCACCCUUGCCACAUCCACUACGACCUCAUAGGAAAAUACGAAACGCUGGAAGAAGAUUCCAAUUACAUCCUCCAGCUGGCAGGAGUAGGCAACUACCUGAAGUUCCCCACCUAUGCAAAGUCUACGAGAACUACUGACGAAAUGACCACAGAGUUCUUCCAGAACAUCAGCUCCGAGCACCAAACGCAGCUCUAUGAAGUCUACAAACUUGAUUUUUUAAUGUUCAAUUACUCAGUGCCAAGCUACCUGAAAUUGGAAUGAGGGAUGGGUUGGGGGGAGAGAGGGGAGAGAAAGCCUGUUUUAUUUAAGAUUUUUAUUUGUCAUAAUAAAUAUGGAGAAUGGGUUAUUUUGUAAAUUAAUAUUUUCUUUUUUUUUUUUUUUUUGAAUGAUGCUGCGAGCAGCACAGUCAAAAUUAUUUAAAUCAAUUGUAAGAAAGGACAGCUCUCUUUGCAGGGUAACAGGAUUGAGACGAUCUAGCUGUAGAAAUGAAUAAUACUGCUACACUGUUUAAAAAAAAUGUUAAUUGUGUUCUGGUGAAUUUCAUUGAUCUUGCAUUCCUCCAAUUCUAAUUAAUGUUAUUUAUACUUAUUUAAAACAUGGUCUCUUGGUAGGUGUCACUUCAGCAGCAGAGAUAAGGUAACAUUUGGACAAACGGAGACUGGUUUUGUGCUUUCCUCAGUUGAGCUUGUCUCUGGGUAAUAAUAUUCUUCCAUUAGCUGUUGAUGCAAGUAAAUACAGAAACGGUUCUUGAUACUACACACUUUGAGAAGAAUGGUGAAAACAAUCUCUUCAGAAAGUGAUAUUGCACUCAGGCAUACUAAAAAAAAUCUUUCUAGCCGUGAAAAGAAAAAGUAAAACAGAUUUUCAUAGAUUCAUGAUAUCUAAAACCCAUGACUGAAAGAAAUGUGAAUGUAUUCCUUGGGAACAGAAACCAUGAACCUUUUAUAAGUCUGGACUUAAUGAGUUUAUCAAGAAUAUGACCAGUCCUGUUUUCUCUUAAUUUGAAGCCUGACAGCCCAAAUGAUUACAGGUUUGCAGAAAAAAAUCAGUGUUUUGGAAGUCACUGUAGAGAUAUUUGAAUGCCCAAAGCAUUGGUAUUGAUUUAAUUCAUAUCCAGGAUGGGGUUAUGGGAAGCUUAAUCCUAUGCAAGUCAUGCCCAACUGAUCUUAAGAUGGACAACCAAAACUGGUUCAGGAGACAUCAGUUACAAUAUGUUGCUCUAGAGGAUGUGGGCAUGUAAUUUGAAAAGUCAGAAAGUAAUCUUUGUGUUGAUCUCUAAACAUGCAAGGCAAUAAAAAAGGUCUCAUCUUCCUACAUGCUGGUUUCAUGGCUUUUCCGUGGGGAAGAGGGAGUCUUCUUUUUUUAGUUGAUGCCUAAAUACCAUUGUCAGGGAUGUUUGUAAUCUCCAGUGGGUUAGUAUUUCAUCUAAGUCAGCUCUAGUGUGAGCCCAUAACCUUUUACUUAAGGUGAAUGUCUCAAUAGCAGUUUGUUGGGAUUGGGCAGAUUGUACUAGGCGUAGCGUACUGAGCAAUAGUUUUGGGCAAGCAAGUAGUAAUCUACUCAUGGCAAAUAAAUAAUGAAAAAUGAGAUUUCAGUGUGGAUCUGUCAGCAAGCUGGUGAGCAGAAGUACAGGCUUCUCCAGAUGUUUGAUGCAAGUGAGGUGUACGGCCAAGGCAACCAGCCUGGGGAAUGGUCCAUAGCCUCCCUGAGCUGUCCCAUCCUUGGGAUGCAGCGCCAGCAUGCAGCUCAUGGGCAAAAGGAGGCAGAGGUUUCAAUCGAGACACUUGUGGGAAUCUAAAAUCAGUUUUAAAGUUGAUUGAUGGUUAAAAUGGGGUUUUAACUGGCCUGUGGUGUCAAUCUUAUGAUCAAACCAAACCCUUCCAAAAAUUAGUGAAGAUUUAAAUUAACUCAGCUGAAGGCAGAGCUGGUUUAACAGUAUCUGAGCCAGACCUUGAAAAUGUAUUGUACAAUAGCCAAUAAUAUCCACUGAAUUACAUUAGUCUCCAGGACACAUAUGUGGUUAAAGAAGAAAAAUAGGUUCCAUCUUAUUUUAUGAAAACAAGUCGCUGAAUAAAUCUCCACGGAGAAAAAAUUAACAUAACAAACAGCAGCUGAAGUCCUUUCACGAUUGGAUUUGGUCUUAGUCAUGAUUCAGAUCCUUUUUUUUCUUUUAUCAUACCCUACGAAUAAAUCUCUCAUCCGUUCUGGAACAGCCACAGUUUUCAUAACCCAGGUCCUAUUUAUAACCCGGAGCGCUGACCCAGUGGCUAGUGAAGAGCUGGCUGGCUGUGCCCGACAGCUCUGAACUCCUGAGCGGCUGCUGACGCUGGCAGGCUGGUGUUCUACUUGAAAGCAGUUUUGUCUCAUUUAGAGUACACGGAGCUGUUGCAAGUGCCUAUCACAGUGUGCCCUGGCUUUCUGUUGUUCGUAGUUCAAUAGUUGUUAUGUUUGUUUAAAAAAACAAAACCUGUCUGAGGGUAGAUCUCCCUCUUCCCCUCCCUCCCAGUAUUUCCUGCAAGCUGUUUGUGUGCUUGUUUGGUCCUGUAUCCGACAGUGUUCAUAUUUUGGUCUGAUUCUCUCUUCACUUAGCUGUUAAUCCCUCCAAUAGAAUUUUUUCAUUUAAGAAAGAAGUUGAUUCAGAAACUAAAUAUUUUUUAAAUGGGGUGUGCUUUCCCCCUUUCUUUUCUACUUUCCGCUGGCAUCACCAUGGUUUUAUCUAUUCUAAAAUAUUCUCUUCAGUUUCACUGCUUUGGAAACACAAAACCACAAUUUGACAGCUGCGACAGAAAAGCCUUAGGUGAAAAACAUGUUCAGGAGAUCUGAGGGGUGAGUGCUGCUCCAGCUGGGAUUUUUAGCAGCAGCUUUGGGUUUGAUUACCCAAGUUCUGCCCCUCCAAGAGGGCUGCCCUAUGGGUGGGUGCGCAGCACUGACAUGGCUUUUGUGUGGACUUAAGUGGUUACUUAAAAGUCACAUGCUUUUUAAAAACCUUGAUCCCAAACUACUACAAACCAUCCAUUUGGUGUGUUACAUCUAUUUUGGGGUGCUGUGAAUGGGCUGUAGGUCUGUGUUUAAAAUGAACAGCUGAUGUGCUGGAUAUGAUCACAUCCUGCGCAGUGAGCACGAAGCCAUCACCAGGUCAGAGGAGGACCGCAAAUGUUAAGGAAUAGCCUUUUCUUUGGUCUGCUGGGUGUGUUGUUUUGACUGAGCCAGAAAAAUCUCUCUUUCCACUGCAGCCACACAGGAGGAUGUUCAAGGUCGAUCUUCCUUAUCUCAGUAAGCUGGCAGCCACCACCUGCAGUGCAGGGGCAGCCGGGGAUCCAGGUUGAUUUUACCCUGACCUCUUCCCUGGGUUUCUCAGCUGGAGGACAAGAGGGGCUGGUCUGCUCCCAGGCUCUGCCUCCCUCCCAAGUUCAUUUCUGCUCUGGCCACAGCUGGUCCCAGGAGACAAACAGGCAAAAACUGCAGCCACCGCAAAAUGUGAAGUACAGAUGGGACUGUGGGACUGUGAGGGCCGCCCGGGGAGCUGCCGUGUUAGGGGGAUGUGCAUUCGUUAUGGUGGAGCACCUACUGGGGAAGGUCCUGCUCCCCACUUUGGUCCCCAGCCCCCUCAAAGCCUCUGGCCUGGAGGAGCAGCAAUCGCCAUCUCUGAGCAGCCAGUGGCUCCCUGUCACCCCAGCAGUGCCUAUGGCUCCUUACCCAGCACAAUACCCACAAGUUGAGGGUUCUUUCCCCCACAGAUGGCCCUAAGCACCUUAACCUGGAGCCCAGGCUGGAUUUGGCUCAUCUGAACAUGGUGGUGACUCCUGGGCAGUACGAGGUCCCCCCACACCUGACUUGGUCCAUGCUUUAUCCUCUUCGUAAACCAUGUCCAUUAUGAUCACAGAAACGUGCAAACUGCCUGAACCAUGCGCUGUGUAAGACAAGUGAAAUAAAUAAUCCACAAGCAGAACUGCUUUUAGAAUUAAGUUGACCCCAGGUGUUUUAGGGUUUCACUGUAGUCUGCUGCACUUUUCAGGUACAAAAAGGGACUGUCCUUACUAUUACUCUUGUUACAGAGAGUGUUAUUUUCUUACAUGCAUGCACAAUACAAUGUGUACGAAUAAUUUAACAUCGAUGUGGGGUUGGAUUUUUUUUUUUUUUAACCUAUUUGUAUGCAGUAGAAGGCUUGUUGUAGAAAAGUAUCUCCUCAUACCUAAAUAUACUGUUAAUAAAGAAAAAAAGCUAAAUUAUACAUUGCCAACACAAGUGUGAACUGCUCAUGAAUCUUUCCUUAAAAAAGCCAUUCAAGCCUGAUUAUUUUUCUAAGUAACUUCAAUUAAAUUGAAGAAAGAAA